UUCCAGUGUUGGCAAGCGCCACGCAAACAAAAGCAAUUCUCAUUUAGCUGCCAUUGCUGGCAAGAAAAACGGAAAUUAAUUGAUAAAUCCAGCCGUUAUGCGUUGAAAUAAAAAUAAGGAAACUAGCCUCGCGAUCGGAGGCAGCCUCUACAUCUUGUGUGUGUGUGUGUGCUUGGGCCUAAGCCCUUAUUUGUGUGAAAGUACGUGUGUGUGUUUACCUGGGGACGUGCAAGUAGUAAACUGGAAAAAUCAACGAGGCUGCUUGCGUGCCAUUUUUUUGCCUUACUUUCGGUUUAACUGACCAUCUAAUUUGCAAUAAAGGCUUGGCAUCUAAAGCAACGUACCCGGGAGCAGCAGCAAUGUCCUCCACCAACAAUCUUGUGGAUGUCGUGCGCCACUACCAGCGCAGCAUCGAAAAGCAUGGCGAGGACGAAAAACGGCUGUUGCACUGCGUUACCAAACUGUUCAAUCUGCCGAUCAAAUUUGAGCACUUGCAGGAGACCGGCAUUGGAAAAACGGUGAACUCCCUGCGCAAAAUCAACGGUGAGGUUGGUGUUGCGGCCAAAACGCUAGUCACCAAGUGGAAGGCCAUGGUGGUGGCUGUCGAGGAGCCCGUACCAGAGCCAGCCACCGAGGAGGAACUGAGCAAGUCCAACGGGCGUCGUCCCAGCAACGAGGACCCAGAGCAAGAGAACAAGGGCAGCAACCUGUCAAUUGGCGAAGAUCCAAAUGGUAGCACGCAUAGAAGGUCCAAGGAUGAGGACAGCUCCAAAAGUUCCAAGCGCGAGAAGAGCAAGAGUCACUCGAAGAGCAAGUCUGGCGACGAGAAGCACAAGCACAAGAGUAGUCGGCACGAAAAGAAAGAUAAGGAGAAGAGUAAGGAAGCAAAGGAGUCGAAGGAGCCCAAGGAGAUAAAAGAGCCAAAGACACACAGCGAAAAAAAAUCGAAUGGUGAGCACAAGUCCAAGGACGCUAGCAGAUCCAGCAGCAGCAGUGGUCACAAGAGCAGCAAAUCUGAGAGCCACAAAGUCGAGCCGACCAAAUCCAAGCAUGAUAAGGAUAAGUCGUCCAAAGAGAAGCAUAGCAAGCAUAAGUCAUCAUCCUCAAAGUCAGCCAAGCGCUCUCACAGUCCGACGCGCACCGAGGAAGAUGCGCAAAAGGCCAAGAUACCAAAAAUCAAAGCCAAAUCCGAGGAGGACUCUGCCGAUGGCUUCGAUUCCAGCAUGGGGGCCAACUUUGACGACGUACUCGGCAUGCUUAAUGUGCCCAUGAGCAGCAAGAAGAGCAGUCACAGUAGUAGCAAGAACAAGUUGGCCCCAAAACCGACGACAGUGCCAGCCCCAUCUUCUAACCCAAGCACCACGGCAUCAGCAACCUUGGGGAGCAUCCCUAUCCCCAUUAUAAAGCCAACCUCCACAAAAAAACCUGAGCUGCUGGCUCCCACAGCCAAACUAGAGCCCUUGGAUCCAAGCAUUGCCCUGGAACUGCCCACCAUUUCUAACAACUACAAGCCCAUGCCCUUGAAUCAAACAGUAAUGGAUGUGGUAUUCAACCAGGGUGGAUCCCAGAGGCCGCAGCCCUCCCGCUAUUUCAACGAAUCCGAGGCACUGGCUCAGGGAAUCUCUUCCAAAACCAUGCGUACCAAGAUCUAUUCAGGUGUCAGAACCGGACAAAUUCUGCAGGUGCCCUCCCUCUUCAACCUGUGUAUUCGUGUUCUUCAAAAGAACAUUGAUGGACUGGAGUUCACGGGUGGAGUGCCCUUUGAUCUGCUCCGUCCGGUUUUGGAACGCGCUACGCCCCAGCAACUGCUCAAUUUCGAGGAAUACAAUCCGUAUUUGAUGGACGACAGCGAUGUCCUGUGGAAACAGCACGUUCAGCGACACUGUCGCAGCCAGCAGCGCGAGGAGAUGGAGACGUGGCGAGAAAUGUUCCUGCGCUGCCAGGAGGAAAAGGAGCGCAAGCUCAGCAGCCUGGCCGAGAGCAUCAAGGCCUCUCAGAAGAUUAGCGAGGCUCCGGUGCGGAAGACCCAGUUGGCUUUUGUAGACUCGAUGGUGAAACCGCCGCGCAGCGUCCAGCGAAAGCAGGAGCAGUUCGGCACUAGGGGCAAGUUGAUUGCCACGCCGGCCGCCCGAGUGGCGUCGCUCUCCAGUGUCACACCUAACGCCGCCAAGGUGGGCGAUGCCCGGCUAAGGGUCCUGGCCGCUGCCCGCGACACAGCGCAAGUCGCUGCCGCUCCAAUGCGCUCCAAAAAGGCUCCUCUGAUGGCCAAGACCUUACAGUUUAUGCGAGGACGUCACAAACGAUAGGAAAGCCCCUGUCCGGAGAAUAUGAUGAGAUGCUCAUUUACUCGUUAUAGCUUAAAUCUUAUACUCAAUUUCCUGAUCGCACGAAGCACGGAGCAAAAGGAGCGAGAGUCGGGGUACGUCGUUCUGUCAAAAAAUAGGACUAAUAGGACCCCCAUGCGUACUACAACCUAUUUAUUAUUUAUAAUCUGUCCGCUCCUAAUCAUCAUACACCCUAUAGAAUAGUUAAUUUUAAGUCGAAAGAAAGUACGUUUUUGUUUGUUCGGAAACUAAUAGCUCAGACAAUAUCGCUUAAGAAUAUUUUCAAGAAUUCAGGUUUAAAGUUGUUUCAUCAGUUUUGUGUACAGCAUAGAUCCAAGUAGGAUGUAUGCGGAUCCAGCUCCAUCUAUUAUAUUAUAUUAAUUUAGUCUAAGUAUCAUGUUUGUCAAUGUCCCAGAGGGCUGUGUGACUGUCCAAAUUUGUUUAAAAUUGUACAUAACUAUGUGACGAAUAUAAGCCCAAAAAUCUUAAAACCGAAAUUUUAAAAUUAUGCCGUGCAGUUGCAUGUCCUUGAACGCAUCGUCAGUUUUUAGUGGAGAUUAUUUAAGCCAUUUUUAGUUUACAAUUUUAUAUUCUAGGCUAACUAUCGCUCUCGUUGAAUCACUUUCAUGUUACUUUCGAAAAAGAAACAUCCUAGUUCAUCUUAUAUUUUAAUUUAUAGAUCUAUUUCAAGAUUUAUCUAUUUUGAAUUUGGUUACUCUUCAUAGUUUAUUGAAUAUUUACAAAGAAAUUUGUGUAUCUCUCUUAUCAGUUUUUAAUUUUUUGUAACAAAAUCAAUUGUUUCUUGACGAUGCGCUAGUAGACUUCAUACUGUAAUCAAAUAAUUUUAUUCCACUAUUAAGCUAUCGGAAACAAAGAAGCUGUGUCUUGGAAAGCAGAUCUUGUUGGGAAACAUCACUGAUUGUUAUUGAGAUGAUGGAAUCAAUUAUUUAUAUGUAUAGCGAAGGAGAAAAGAUAAGCAAAGACAAGUUGUUUCACACGAUUGUAACAGUAAUAUUUUACAGACUUAUUACAAAUAAAUUAUUUUCAAACAUAAA